UAUUGAAGUUGAUGAUUUUAUUUAUAAAUAUUUAGUUGUAAGUUGUAAAAAAAAAUAUUUCUAUUUUAUAUUAUUUGAAUUAUAAUCUUUCGAAAUUUUAAAAGUUCGUUUCAAAUUAAAGCACUAUAUUGUAUGGAUGAUAAUGUGUUACUGUAUUGUCUAUUUCUCUAUAAACAUGUACAUAAAUUUAUUGAAAUUUUAUUAAUUAUUAACUCUUCUACUGGUUGGAAUGUACAGAUGAUGAUAUGCUGAAACAAUAAUGGCUGUAACACAGAAAGUCAUUCGACAUUCAAGCUUUGUCAUUUUAAGGAGUUCAGAUGCUGGGUAGUCAGUGGCCAGUAGGUUAAAAUGAAAGACUUUCCUUCUUCAUCAAAUUGGAGAUACAGUUGCCGACUGCCAAGUAUUUUGGAAAAUAGCCUUGAUACUCAAUUUCGACAUAGAUUUCAGUGUUCACUAUGCCCUUAUAAAGCAGCUUCGAAUGCUGAUUUAAAGAAACAUAUUCUUACCCACACAGAUAACAAAGUCCAUGCUUUUAAACCAAAGAAGAACCUUAAGAAUCCAGAAAGAACAGUAAUCAAACCUGCAGUUCUUAGAAUAAAAAGUGCAGAAACUCAAACUCCAGAAGAAGCAAUGUCCAUCAUAUAUGAUGAAACAUAUGAUUGUCCUGAGCCACAUUGUUCUUACAGUACACCCUCCAGGAGGCAGAUUCAAAAACAUGUACUUGUUCAUUCAGAUAAGCGGCCUUAUACCUGUUUUGUGUGCAACUACACUUUCAAACGUAGCGAUAGCUUACGGCAACACUUGUUAACCCAUUCUGGUGAAAAACCGUAUGCUUGUGGACUUUGUCCAAUGCAUUUUAUGCAUCGAAAUUCUCGUAACCGCCACAGAUUGAAGCAUACGGGAUCUGCAAAUAUUUGAGUUGUGCUUUGUACUGUAUUCAGUGUUACAGGAGUCUAUAAGUAACUUUUUUUGUAGAUAGUUUAUUCAAUAAUAAUCUCUCUAAUUUUUUGAUGUUUUUAGAUAUUAAAAUAAUAUUUAUUCUAUAGCAUUCUGUUUUAAAUAUUUUCUGCUAUCAUUUUUUUUAUAUUAUGUAUUCAUUUGUAGUUAAAAAAUAUCAGUGGUGUUAAUUAUUGUACUCCAUUUUUGAUUUCAUCCUUCAAAAUUUAUCUGGAUGUAAAUGGAGGUAAACUAAACAUUAAUAAUUUCAAAAAUAUGCAUUUUAUGCCCUAUUUCAAUGUAUGUUUCAAUCAGUUAAUGUUUGUAAGUGCCAUUGGGAAAUUCCAGUCAAGUUGAAUAAAUAUUUUUGACUAACUUUUAUAUCUAUAUUGCUGUGAAUGGUUUGUGAUAUCAUUUGAUAUUUUGAGCAACUUUUUAAUGUGUGUGUGUGUAGACAUUUCUCACUAUGUUUCUGCUUUAUUAAAAAUAUUUUUUGGUUACUUUAUGGAUAAGAAGUAUUAAAAAAUUAUGCUAAGGUGUUUUCUUUAAUAUGCAAAUAGUAAAUAUAUUCAGUUUAUACAAUUAAGAUACUGAAAAAAAAUUGCAUUUUCCGCAGACAUUUAUUAACAUGACUAGAUUAUCUAAACACGAAUGCAAGUCAAUUUGUACAAUGUUCAAGUUAAAAGUGCGGCAAACAUUCUUGGAAAGUCAUAUAUCUUAUGCAUAAAAAUCAGUGUGAAUAAAGGAAUUAGUAGUGUUGAAAAAUCUUUUUUAAGUUUUAUUAUGGAUUUUACUGAUGCAUAAUUAAAUGUAAAAGCAGAUUAAUAAUUUUUUUCCUACACCUUUCAAUAUUUAGUCACUUCAGUUCUCGUAUAAAAAUGAAAUUAAAAGCUUUUCAG